AUUUAAAUAUCUUAUUUCAGGUAAUACAGGCCGAGCAAUAGACCAAAAAUAGUUUGAAAUUAUAAUAAUCUCAUUUGUUAAGUCAGUCUUGUGUGGGAAGUUGGAAUCGGUCGGAGGUCGUGAUAGUACCGGUCAGAUAGCUAACAUAUCCGCCUAAGCUUCAGUGUUAAUGAUACACAUUAAAAAAAAGUGAUGAAUUUAAAAAUUAAAUUCGUAUUUCUAAUUUUUCUUUAUAUUUUUACUACCGGGACAUCUAAGAGUUGCUAUUGGAACUCAGAAUGUGUUUACAAGUAUUUCUCAAGUAAAACACCUUACAAUUCGGUGAGAGGUGAUAUUAGAGAUUCCAUAGUGAAACUAAAAGGAUGCGAACCGGUCAGUGUUUGGGCUUUAAUAAGACAUGGCAAAAGAAGUCCCGGAAUAGAUUAUGGAAGGAAUAUGUUAGAGGCUUUGGUGAUAAGAGAUUAUGUUGUAACGAGUUUUAGUAAUGGGAAAAGUUCGAUGUGCAGUCAAGAUGUUGAAAAUUUACGUGAUUGGGAAGUUGAUACGGAGUUAUUUGAAAACACACAUGGUCUAACAGCCGAAGGCUAUAAGGAAAUGAAAGAAAUUGGGAAAAGGAUAAAGGAGGCGUUCAAAGAAUUACUAACAAAUCUUGAAGACGGGAGCUACACGUUGCGAUCAGCUUAUGGUGCUUGGAUUGAAAAUGGUGUCGAUGGUUUCGUUAAAGGUAUUUCAAGUAUACCGUUGAUGGUCGAGAAAUCAAAUCCUAAGUACGAUAUAAUGGCGCCAUACGAAGCGUGCCCCAAGUAUCUUGCAGGCGUGAAGCAUAAUCCAGGAACAUACAAAGAAGCAGAUAUGUACCAAAGUACUCCGGAAUUCAAAGCAAUAAAGGAAAGAAUUAAAAAUCUUACUGGCGUACAAUACCCUUUGACGGAUAUGAAUGUAACAUCACUGUACGAUUUGUGUCGUUAUACUUGGUCACCAAUUAACAACAAUAGGAGUCCGUGGUGCGCUCUGUUCACCAACGAAGACCUUUACGCGUUAGAGUACUAUGGAGAUCUCAGACAUUACUACAGAAAUGGUUACGGUACGCCAAUGCCUAAGAAAUUUGGACAAAUACCCAUGGCAGAUUUGUACAAGACAUUCGUAAAUGCUAAAGCUGGUAACCAUAGAAAAUUAACAACGUACUUUUCACAUGCAACGAUGAUGGAUAUGGUGUACAAUGCUCUUGAAUGGUUUAAAGACGAAAUCCCCUUGAGAAGUGUGUAUAGAGAUCCAAAUAGGAAAUGGAGAUCGACUAUGACAUCGCCUUUUGCUGGGAAUCUAAUAGCUGUAUUAACUAGAUGUAUAAUAGACAACAGAGAAGAUUACAAGGUUGUAUUUUAUACAAAUGAACAACCAGCUACCUGGAUGUGCGAUAACGGAGUGUGCUCAUGGCACGAGUUUGAAAAUAAAUUCAUGGCAUUUUCCACAGGAUGUGAGCCACCUUACGCGAACUGUGAUUAUUACCAGCAGAAUGUGAGGAAUAGUCCAAAAUCCUCCGCAGAAUCUAAUAGAUACCUUACCCAUCCCGAGUAUCUGGCGGCAAAAGACAGGAUACACCGUAGGAGCGGUAUAGAAUAUAGCCUCACUGAUGAAAACAUAACAGCGUUAUAUGACUUGUGCCGCUACGACUGGAAUGCAGUUGAAUAUAAAAUUAGUCCCUGGUGCGCAAUUUUUACCAAGGACGACUUAGAAGUUCUCGAAUAUGUACAAGAUUUGAAUCAUUAUUACAGAAACAGUUACGGUACACCCGUGAACGAAGUUUUUGGUAAAGUUCCAUUAGGAGACCUAUUCACAAACUUUGAAAGUGUUACAAAAGGCGGAGGAAAGAAAAUUGUCGCUUAUGUGACUCAUUCUACGAUGUUGGAUCAAAUAUACAUGACCUUGGGGCUCUUCAAAGACAGCGUCCCGUUAACUGGUGCAAAUCGGGAUCGGGAUAGGAAAUGGAGGACCAGCAAGAUAUCUACAUUUGGUGUGAAUUUUGUCGCUGUUCUUAAUAGAUGCGAUAAACAGGGCUCAAAGGAGUACAACGUUGUGUUCUACUUAAACGAGGAGCCGAUAAGAUCGAUAUGCGAAGAGGGUGUUUGUUCCUGGGAGAACUUCGAUACCAAACUACGACAAUAUGUUAACACUACCAUUGACUUUUGCUAAAUUUUAAAAAAUAAUACUUAGUCACUAUUUGUCUACGUGUACGUGACUAAGUAUUUAAUACGUAAGCUUUUUAUUACCAGAAAGAGAUAUAUUUUUUAAAUUUAAAUGCACAAC